UUUAAAGUUCGCGACACUGUAGUCAGGUAUAAAAACAGAUCACCCUUCCCAUAUCCUCCAUUUUCUUCGUCAGCAGCAUCAUGUCGCACAGGAAGUUCAGCGCCCCUCGACACGGGUCGAUGGGUUUCUACCCAAAAAAGAGAUCCCAGAGGCAUCGCGGAAAGGUAAAGGCUUUUCCGAAGGAUGAUCCCAGCAAGCCUGUGCACUUAACGGCUUUCAUCGGCUACAAAGCUGGUAUGACUCACGUUGUGAGGGAAGCCGAUCGUCCGGGAUCAAAGGUGAAUAAAAAGGAGAUUGUAGAAGCAGUUACUAUCCUCGAGACACCACCAAUGAUUGUGGUUGGUCUUGUCGGAUAUAUUGAAACGCCACAUGGACUUCGAGCACUUGCCACUGUCUGGGCUGAGCACUUGUCAGAGGAUUGCCGCAGGCGUUUCUACAAGAAUUGGUACAAGAGUAAGAAGAAGGCGUUCACGAAAGCAUCGAAGAAAUGGCAAGAUGACCUCGGUCGCAAAUCCAUCGAGGCAGACCUCAAAAAAAUCAAGAAGUACUGCAGUGUUGUUCGCAUUAUCGCGCAUACUCAGAUGAAACUAUUGAGGCAGCGUCAGAAGAAGGCUCAUAUCAUGGAGAUUCAAUUGAACGGUGGUACUAUCGAGGAUAAGGUGCAAUGGGCGCGCGAACAUCUGGAAAAACCAGUGCCCGUUAGUAACGUAUUCGCUUCCGACGAGAUGAUUGAUGUUAUUGGAGUUACAGGAAAAGGGUACAAAGGUGUUACAUCCAGGUGGCACACGAAGAAAUUGCCACGCAAGACUCACAAGGGUCUGAGAAAGGUUGCCUGUAUUGGUGCUUGGCAUCCCAGCCGCGUGUCCUUCACAGUCGCACGUGCUGGCCAGAAAGGAUAUCAUCAUCGCACAGAGAUGAACAAGAAGAUCUACAGAAUCGGUCAGGGAAUUCACACCAAGGAUGGCAAGAUCGUGAAAAACAACGCCUCAACGGAGUACGAUCUUACUGAGAAGACUAUCACGCCUAUGGGUGGCUUCCCGCAUUACGGUGAAGUAAACAAUGACUUCAUCAUGAUCAAGGGAUGCUGCAUGGGUCCGAAGAAGCGCGUGAUUACUCUCAGGAAGUCCUUGUUGGUGCAUACCAAGAGAUCAGCGCUGGAGAAAAUCAAUCUCAAGUUCAUUGAUACCAGUUCCAAAUUCGGACAUGGUCGCUUCCAAACUGUCGCUGACAAGACUUCCUUCAUGGGUCAACUCAAGAAGGACCGUCUGCGCGAGGAAGAAGCGCGAAAUGUCGGCUUGCCGACCGCCCAGCCAGCGCAAUAAAAUUCUAUUGCAAGAUUUAUGAGAAAAAAAAUAAAUUUUUAAAAACCAUA